AUGGGUCUGUGGGACACCGUGUCUCUACUGAUGCAGGGCUCUGAGAUACUGAGAUCCCUGACGCUCAAAGAGAAGGAGGCCAUUCUGCUGUCUGAUGACCAGCGACUGAGCGUGCUCACCCUAUCUACAGGCAGGACACAGAGGAAGAUCCCCAAGCUGCAGCCACUGCUGAAGAAUGUGCUGAGUGUUGCCACCUCUGCUAAUGGUACCUGGCUGGCAGGAGUGUUGACUACAGGAGAACUCUUCCUGUGGAAGAAAGAUGGAGACUGUUUGAAGACGUCUGUGAUAAAGCUGUUCUUGUUUGUGACGAACACUGGAAAGAGGGUUCUCCUGGUCAGUCAGACAGGUGAAGCAUUCCUUUGGAAAGUACUGAGCAGCAAGAUUUGCCGUCUGUUCCCGGACCCGGGCUGAGCGGACUCUGGGCUCAGAUAUUGGCCCAAUGAACAGGUCAGGACUUCCCAGGGAGAAGACAAGGAGAGUGCUGUACAUGCAGUCUUUAUCACUGAUGAGGUGCUGGGUGACUGCUGCUUCUGCUCCUUUGCCUUUAUCUCUGGAGAUGCUCUGGUGCUGACCACACUGCAACUGAAGUGGUUUGAACAGGUGGAACACUGCAUCAGUGCCGUCCCAUUCAGUGUACAAUGGACGACACAGACCCAUGUCCUGGGAGGCCUGAGUCUGGCCUGUCAACCGGUCAAGUCGAGAGGAGCGCUACUGACCGCCUUCUCCGGGGACGGGCUGGUGCUUGCUGUCGUCAUCAAUCAGAAUGAUCCCAAGGCCACUCAGGUGCUGUUUGUGAACCCUGUGAAUGGUGUGACUGUGUCGAGCAGCCUGCAGGGUUGUGGCAGCAGUGUGGUCCCGGUGCCUGCCAGGUUUAUCAGGUCCUACUGGGUGGGUGGAGUGAGCUGGACACAGGAUGCCCUCUUCCUGGCAUGUGUGCUGAACCGUGGAGCUGUGCUGCUGCUGUCCCGUCUCGGGCAGCUGGUAACCCUCACCGCUUCCGGCUGCUCCGUGGAGUUUGGCCCAGCGGAAUUCAUCCCCCUGCAUCCAUUAAUAACGUACAGACAACCUCUACAUUUGGACACUGAUCCUACUCAGUCCGCCGGCUCCUCAGCCUCUGAAAGUGACCCAAUGAGGCAGCGGUUUUCCCUGGCAGCCCACCCCUGCUUACCCUGCCUCAUUGUUUCAGAUGGUUACAUGUUCACAGUUCUGCGGUUUGCAGAACACACUUCUGCUUCAUCUCUUCUGAAGACCCUGCUGCUGGAGGUGACACAGGGCCUAGAGGAUGUACGGAACCAGCUGAUGAGCUCUGAGGGGUCAGAGCUGAAGUGCCGAUUACCGCCCAUGACUUCCCUGAGAAGAAGUGUCCUCCAGGGAUGGGGAACACAGGAGCCUGGGACAUGGACACCCCCUCCAUUCUUAAAGAAAUCAGAAGGCGACGAGGCCGAGGAAGGUGACGAAUCUGAAGAGGAUGCUCCAUGUCCUACCAACUGCCCUAGGGCUCACAGCUCAAUGGAUCAGGGCCGCCUGGAAUUCGCCUCCAUGUUUGACACCCUCCGCGCCAAGCAGGGUGAACAGACAAGCCACCUGGAGGCCAAAUUCAGACAGAUCCAGAACAGCCUGUUGCUGGCCUGGAGCAUGGGGAUGUCGGUGAAGGAGAUUGAGGGCAGGGACCUGCUGAUGCAGUAUACAGUCCGGGCCAUGCUGCAGUUUGCCCGCCUGCUUCCCCUUGCCCCAGCCUCUCUGCCGAGCUCGGUGGUCAACGUGAAGGGUAAGCUGGUGAGCAAAGUUCUGAGGAGAAGUCCUGGCAUCUACCGGACCUUGCAGCUCCUGCGUUACUGCCUGACUGUGCUGUACUGGGACUCAGUGUACAAACAUUCCCUCACACAUGUGGUGAGCCUCUCAUCUGGCAUUGUGAAGUUAAUUCUCUCAAGGAAGCUGGGAGCAGCAUCCUUUUCACAGUCACUCCUCAGCAGUCUCCUGGUGCUCAAACUGUCCUCUCUCCAUCUGAAUGCAGUGUAUUCUCUGCAGUCCGGGGUCUACCCAGAUCUCCCCAGGAACGUUGUGUCUAGUUCUUUCCAAGCAGCAGAUCCUGGGCACAAGCUUUGCAAUCUCACACUAAUAGAGCUGCCAACUCAAACCGUGCAAACUGUCCAGGAGCCAUCACACAGGCUUGCUUUUACCUGGCGACUGUUGUACCAACAUGUGUUGCAACACCAUUCCCAUCUCCGGAAACUCCAGAAACAGUCGAACAGAGGCAGCACCAGGAAGAAACUUCAACGAGAGGCGACUCUUCUAACAUCGGUCCUUUCCCAGGCUCAGGCAGCUCUGCAGACGAUGGGAGAGAGACUGGGACCACGGCUGCAGCUCAAACCUCUCAUGGGUGAAGAGCACUUUCUUCUGGGCUCGUACCUGGAAUCUGUGCAGACCUGGAAGACAGCCCUGCAGGAGGAGGUGGGCAGAGGAGGGUGCAGGCUGAUCUACCUUCAGACUAGAUACAGCCUGGCCAUUCUCUACACUCACCUGUACCUGUACAACCUGAGUGCUGCCCAGGACCUCUGUGAACACCUUGUGAGGCACAUGCUGAGUCCAGAGCAGACAGACAUCUCUCCAGGGCCCAGUGUGCUGGGACUGGAUGUGUCCCUCGGGCGGGAUGUUGGGGAUGUUGCUGCUGUGGCGGUAGUCCAGUCGCUGGCCCGAUUCAUGGCCCUGUACUUCACUAACCAGCCACUCUAUGUGCUGCCUCCUCACCACAUUGAUGUGCUGCCACCCCUACACUGCAGACCGGGUUGCCUGCCCCGACUGGUGCCAGUGCAGCGAUCCCAUGUAGCAGCUGCAGUGCGGGAGCAGCAGCUGUCAGCCGGCUGGAGCGUGGAGCGAGCGGUGGAACUGCUACUGCUCGGCAGGCUGAUUCCUGAAGCAGUGUGGAUGGCCCUGACACUUGGCGACUGGAAGACUGCUGUGGUGCUGGGCCUGGCUUUCAAUCUGUACAGCAGGGGUAUUCCUCAGGCUGCCUGGGGUUGUUGGAGAUCACUCCAUCUGUCAAGAGAACUUCAUCCAUCUCAGAUAUUCCAGGAUAAACUCCAGGCACUGUUGGGCCACGCACCGAAGUCAGGUGUGUCUUUGGCAGAUUCCACCAUGGCUCCAAGUGCCGAGACCAACCUGUUGACAGAUUCGAUCGAGGAGGAGGAUGCAGAUUUAAUGUUCAGCUCGGUACAGGAGAUCCUGAAGGCAGCAGUGAUGGCAGAUGCAGACGUGCUCACAGAGACCUUCGAUCUUCUGAUGCAAACUGCGAAGAACCUUGCUGUGCGCCUUCCUGGGCUGGUGCCUGAUGGCCUGUACCUACCCGCACCUCCCCUGUACUGUCCCCAGCCAGCCAGUGUCAGUGAGGGCAGUGGAGAAGACCUCGGUUUAUCCAGAGAGAGAGAAACACGGCAGAAAUUGUCAGGGGUCCUUCAGCGGCUCCUUCUGCUCUUCAGGGCAGCUCGCUGCUCCCUUCCAGCCGCCCACUGGUACAUCGGCAAGCUCCGACAUGGCCGGAAGAUCAUGAACAAGAUCAGGGGGAAGUGUGGUCUCAGCACACUCCGUCCGUUCCCCAACUCUCUGCUGCAGUACGGUAAAGUCCAGAGCAGCUUCUUCAGACCAGGAGCUGGGGGUGACGGAACCUCUAGUGCCAUCUCUGCAAAGGUGGUUGGCUCCUUUCGUGACCUCUGUGGAUUGUGUUGGAUGUUCCAUGUCCGUGAGCAGCUGAGCGAGAGGUGUCGCAAGUACCAGAUGGCUCGAGACAAUGCCAGAUCCACUCAGGACUGUGAGCUGGCAGCUGAGUACGAUGCCGCUGUGGUUGAUCAUUGCCUUGCCUCCCUGGAGUGGGCCUGUCGAAUGUUGCCCUUUGCCAGGUUCAUGAAUGUGGAGGAGCUCAUACAGGAUGUCAUUCUCAGCCUGGUUAAUGAGCUGCCUCCAAUUAGAAAGGUGGCGGAAGUUGUGCUCAGGGCCUUUCCUGACGUAGAAGAUGUUCGGGUGCCUCUGAGAGACAAGCACCACACACUGCAGCAGCGUCUGCGACACAGCACGGUGCAAGGCCCCGAUGGAGGGGAGAUGAUGUCGAUCGUGUUGCACGAACUGUACCGGCAGAGGAUGAAAAUGUUGAAGCGGGUGGGGCGGAACAUUGGCCCCAGUGAGCAACACAUAUGGGAACGAGCUGAAGAGGGUUUGAGAGAACAAGAGGACGAGAUGCAAGAUCAAUUCUCCUUGGGGACAAGUCUGAGCAGAAGCACUCUGACAGACACCUGGAGAUCCCAGAACCAGAGCGAAGGCGACACAACAGACAACAUGUCAGUGGAGCUCCAGGACGUGAGCGAGAGGCAGAGCAGAACUCAGCAGCGAGCGGGCACCAGUGACAGGGACACACAGCCCAAUGACCACAGGACGUUAGGGGCCAGAGACGGUGAUCCAGGCAGCAGGGAGGCCGCAGCGUGUCGAAUGGAUGGGGAGUCAGAGGGCGACAGGCCUCAGCUGCCCCUGGUGGGGUCGUGGGAGUUUGAGUGUGACGACGAGGAGUAUGUGACCUUCCUGGAGUUGUUCCUGAGCUACCUGCUGGAGAGAGACCAGGUGGUGAACGAGAGCCCCAACGUCCCACUGCUGACCUGCUGCUCCAGAUACCUGAGGGAACAAGAACUCAACUCACUGGCAUUCCACGUUCAGAGCACUCUGAAGCGGCGGCAGGGCAGGGUGAGAAUGUCGGAGGAUGUCUCCAUAGCGAAGAGCUCUUCUAGCUUGACGUCCGACCUGCAUCAGAACGAGAGUGGGAGCUGUGGGGGAAGGACAAAGGCUGCCGUCUUCUCCCCUGUUCCAGGCGCACUCCACUCCACCAGCCGCCCACAGGUGCCACCUGUUGAGCACAGUCUCCACAGCUGCUUUCCCACUGUUGGUGCUCAGGCCAGGGGCAGGGCCAGUGGCCUGUUUGGGUCAAGGCUACAGUCUCCGUCUGGUCCACUGGAUGUGUCCAGGCAGUGGGGGACAGUGCCCAAUGGUCUGCCUGCCCCUGCCCCUGCCCCUGCCCCUGCCCCUGUGGUAUCUCUAUUGAAUGAAGACCUCACCCCCGAGCUGGAGGCCAGGUUUCCAGACACAGCCAAGCUGCUGGAGUGGAUGAUUCGAUGGUCUGAACGAAGACUGCUGUACGGGCCGUACAAAGUGGAGAGGUUGCCUGUCCGCAGCUCCACCAUCCGGGUGAGGACAUCAGUGACUGCCAUCCUCCACUCCCUGUGGCUGCUGGACAAGAGCCUGGGGAUCGACACGUCUCAUCUGAACUACCACAAGGAUUCUGAGGAGGAGUGUGCUGUGGAUCGGGUGUGCCAGCCCAAGCAUCACAUGCUGAAGUUGGGCAAGAAUCCUGGCUCCUCCAGGAUACCAGGUGUGGGGUGUGAGACUGACACUGGAAGACGUGGUGAACCUUUCCAACAUUCAGAUCAUGCAGAAGACUUCCAGAGGCAGGACCUUGGUGAUGCAAACCUCUACAGUACACAGGAUCUGACGUCGGAUUCUGACAGCAGAACUGACGAAGAGGAGUCAGGGGAUGGUGAGAGACGCUCUCCUCAGGAUCAGGGUGGCAAGGUCACUGUAGCCAGAGGGGACGCAUAUGAGGAGGAGGAGCCAAGACCAUGCACUCCCAUUAGCCCCUAUAUAUCCAUCAACAUCAAGACCAAGCCCAGAGCAAGGAUCAGAGACAGAGUCACGGUGGGCUCUGGCUUGGAUGCUGAGGGGGCCCUGGAUGAGCCAAUCAGGAUGGAUCCUGGGGAAAAGGUGGACAGAUCCUUAAGCACUGAUCCCAGAGAGUACACAGGCACAGAUCCCAGAGAUCAAACAGAUAAACACACGAGCACAGAUCGCAGAGAGAGGAUAUAUAAGUCCACAGGCCCAGCUCGCAGAGAGAGGAUGGAUAAGCCCACAGGCCCAGAUCGCAGAGAGAGGAUGGAUAAGCCCACAAGCCCAGAUCGCAGAGAGGGGAUGGAUAAGCCCAUAAACAUGGACCCUGGAGAGCGACUGAAUGGACAGCAGACUGCAAGCCCUGGCCUCCCUCCCAGCCUGGUGUGUCCUUCCCUGGAGCAGGCUGUGCUGAGUGGUCAGUCCAUGCCCGAACCGCAGAGUGUGCCGGUCACGGAUGCCCGUACAGCGGCAGCAACAACCCAGGCCGUGCCCGCUGUGGGCCAAGGUACCGUCACCUCAGAUAUGGUCAGGUCCCUACUGCAGGAUGAGGUGUUUAAACUCGUUCAGCUCCAGCAAAUCAACUUCCUGAGUUUAAUGCAGGUGGUUGGAUCCUCACUGCUGCAGGUACCUGGCACUCAGCCACCACAAUCUGUACUCAGCCAGAAUUGUUCUCCACCAGCACCAUCCCCCAGCACAAACCCACCUCCAACUGGACGCCCGCCUGCCCCAGGAGAACAGGAGCGGAAGAAAGUACCUGCGGGAAAUGAUCUGCCACUUCCGACACCCAGCGGUCCACCAGAGGAGAAGGUUGCUCAGAGCCCGGAGGAUUUGCCUGUCCGUCCAAGGCCUGAAGACGCUGGUGUCAGCGGACUGCGGCGGAUCCCCGAGACUUCGAGUGUGGCACUGCUCCAACCUCAGCUGCUCGGGGGCCCUGGAGCCCACUGGCAGCCGGCUCCUAGCCUCCCAUUGCUGCGCCUGCAGCCAGGGUGUGAGCUGAGAGCUCCCCCAGUCAGCUGCGGCAAGCUCCCGUUCACAGCCCCUCGGCUUCCCCCUGCACCACGAGAGGCCUGGGCACCCCCCACCUACAGGUCACAGCCUGGCCUUCCUCCUCACCUGAACUCAGCUGCCUACGAGGCAGAGACUGCCCGCCGGGCCGAGCAAGGCGAGAGGAGGGAGGGCUGGGUGAACAGAGACCUCCCCACACACCUGAACCUGGAUCAGUACCAGCCCGGCUCCUGCAGCACCCAGCUCUCAGUGAGGGCAGCCAGGUCCCAGACCCCCCCUCCACACAGCACCUACCCACAGCAGAUGGUCCUGCCUCUCCUCCACUUCCCUCAGCCCACACACACCACUCUCUUCCCCCUGACUGCAAGGCUGCCUCUGGCCCGGCCCCUCGCCACACAACGGAAGUCCCCAGCAGUCCUGCUCCAGUGCUCCAGCCGAUGUCCGGAGCCUCAGGUGUCUGCGCUCCACCCUCCAAGGCUCGUCCCAGCCCAGGACAUCAUUGCCUUUGAACAAGGCCGGCUACGCAGAGCUCAGCGAAGCUCGGGUUCACCGCAGGCUGAAACCUUCCGCCUGCUGAGGGUGAAUCUGCAGCCGUUUGAGCCCAGGACUCAGCGCGAUGGGAAAAAGAGGCUGAAGCGACGAGAGAGGAGAGCGGAGAAACCCCCAGCCCCUGAGCAGUGCGUGAGCGGCCCUGAUCUGCCCCCUCCUCCAGCUGAAAGCAGAUUCGUGUUUAGCCUCAGCCUGGCAGUGGAGGGGCGAGACAGGUCGUGUGAGGGAGAGGGGAGGGGAGUUACAGUGGCUGCCACCCGGAGCUCGGGACAGUCACGGCAGACGGAGCGGAGGUGCUCGGCCAAGUGUUGCCUCAUCUGCGCCUGGAUGGAGCCGGCAGCUGUUCCACCAGAGCCUGAUCCAUCGCAAUGUUGUACUGUCCCAGCAGGUCCAAGCGUUUCCCUCUCUCCAGACUGGGAUUCGGGAAGCUGCCUCUUUGCCACUGCUGCAGAACUGCAUUAUCUGGCGUCCACCAGGAAGAAUGCUGAGGAGAGGAAGGAUGCAAGCACCAACACUGACCAGGGCCCCGAGCCCCAGCCCCAGACUCCCACAGCUCCUAAAUCUUUCCGGGAUGCUGGGAUCCUCACCUGCUCCGAGAUGGAGAACCAUCCACCAACUGCCAUCACUGCAGUAGAGCACCCUCCAAUCAAUGACCCUCAGCUUCAGGCACUACCUCCAGACGUGUUCGUGAAUCUCCGCUUCCCGAGUGAAGUGUGUCCACAGCCUCUGUCCCCACCAGCAAACGGCACAGCACCAGACCAGGUGUUGCCCGGUCACAGGUUCCUCACUGUUAUCGACAUCGAUGCUGGCGAGUUACUGAGUGACCUCCCAGCCACCACUGCUGUGACUGAGCUGCUGCCCUCACUGGAAGGUGAAGCCAUGUCCGUUCCUGCUCUACACCUGAUGGCUGCCUCAGUGACGAAUGCUGUUCCACCAGACACCUGCCCACUGCAGGAGAGUCGACCUGCAGGCUCAGUCCAGUCCGGAUGUGAAGAUUGGGAGCAGAAGCUGGCUGGGGAUGAACUAACACAAAGACUGUUACAGAAGGGUAGCUCCCCUGUAUGGACACCUCCCCAAGCCUCUGCCCAUGCUGCCCACCAAGUCAGGUCACAGCUGAGUGAGAUGGAGCACCAGCUCAGUGCCCUGCAGGACAUUGCAGUCAACAUGGAGCAGGAUUUUGCCAACACCAAGAUGCUGAUAAACACCAUUGAGCAGCUGGGCUGUGCCAUCGAUCCACAGGGGCUGGCAGGCUGCUCCGAUUCAGCACUGGCACCAGAUCUGUCCCAACUGUGUGUUCCUACUGAGGACGGAGCUGCAGACCGGCGUUCCCUGAGAGUGGCCCCUGGAUCCUGUGGGUUUGGGGACCCACAGCCCCUGUCUCCCCUGCCUUUCACUGCCUGGCAGGCAGUCGAGGACCGGCACGAGCCACAGCUGACCGCUGGAUGGUGUGAACGCUUGGGCUCACGCCAAAACUCUCCCGUAUGUGCCACUGCCGAGGACUGCUGUUACCCGAGGGUACUUGCCGCUGCAGCUGCCCUUGGAUCCGGAGGGUGUGAGGGCUCACCCUGUCUCAGGGCACGGCCUGGGUUUACCGAGGAGGAACCCAAGCCGGUCUGUUACCCGAAGGUGGUGAUCGCUGCAACUCCCGGAUCCCACGGGCGAGGAGGAUCGGAUCUCCGCACACCCCCGCACUUCUCUGCCGAUGACACCCCACUGUCUGCCGCUCACCACGGGCCAAUUGCAGAAACGGAGAGCCCCACGGACGAACGACUGGGUUUGAGCGGACUAAGCGGUGUCAGUGAUAUCAUCGGCGACCUGAUCAACGAGGGCAAACUGUCCGCAGAAGCUGUGGGACUAAGUGAGGGACAAGCCCGGCAUCUCUCCAGAUGUUCUAAGGUUCCAAAGAGAACAGAGCAGGAACGGAAGGAGAUCCAGGAGUGGAUGAAAUGCAAGAGGCGGCAGAGACUUGAAGCAUAUCUGGAGCAUCGGGAUGAACUGAGGGAAAGGGAGCGAAGGCCGUACUUUGCCAAGGAGGAGAGGAAAACCUUCACCAGCAGAGAAAUUAAAGAAAAUCAGAAGAGGAAGACAAUGAAGAAAAGGGUCACCUUGGCGGAGAACCACGAGCAGCGGGCCCGAGCAGCACUCAGCCUGAUGAACGAGAUGUUGUGUGACUCUGUCCGACUUCCCACCAGUCAGCCCAGGGCUCGGGCCCAGAGGCCACUGAAGUCAGCUCAGCACACCCAGAGUCACACAGGCAGCACAGCCAGGGGGUAA